AUGGGGACCAGGGUGUGCUAUGUCACUUGGUCCCGCCCCCUCCAGGUAGUGCAGGAGGCGGUGGAACACGAGAAGAACGUGAGUACCAAGAGCACACCAAUCUACCUGGUAAAGGAGGCCGACCAGUUCAUUGGAGAGGAGUCGUCUACAGCCGGGGAGAAAUGCAUCCUCACAGACAGCCCCUCCUGGUUCAUUGGAGAGGAGUCGUCUACAGGGAGAAAUGCAUCCUCACAGACAGCCCCUCCUGGUUCAUUGGAGAGGAGUCGUCUACAGGGAGAAAUGCAUCCUCACAGACAGCCCCUCCUGGUUCAUUGGAGAGGAGUCGUCUACAGGGAGAAAUGCAUCCUCACAGACAGCCCCUCCUGGUUCAUAGACCAUAUCGAUGGCACCUCCACGGGGGCGGCUGAGGCCUACUACCAGUAUGGGCUGCACUGCUGGGACAUCGCCGCCGCUACUGUUGUCAUCCGAGAGGCCGGGGGAGUUGUAGAACCCCCACAGGGGGUCUUCUCGACCUCAUGUCCUGAAGUGGUUGCUGCAGGAACCCACAACAUGGCCAGUUACAUCGUCCAGCAACUGCUGCCAAUCGGCUACGAGUGGGAUGACAGUGACCCUGGUUUGCAAAAGUAA